AUGGGAUUGGUACCAGAGUCUCUAUGGCCCACCGUCAUUGAGGUGUGGGUGGAAUAUGCCAUCGGCAUCCUCUUCCUGUUUCUCCGCGUCUUCAGUCGGUGCAAGAUGGUUGGUUGGAAAUGGCACGGCGACGAUUAUUUGGCUAUUGCAGCCAUUAUGUUCUUCACAUUUGAGGUCAUGAUGUGUCAGAUCAUUGUUGAAAAAGGAAGCAUUACUGGCAUGACAGAUGCAGUUGCCCUGACAUUGACUCCCGAAGAGUACAAGAGUCACGAGACCGGUGCCAAGUGGCUGUUCGCGGCGUGGUACAUGUACGUCAGCUUGAUCUGGAGUUUGAAGGGCAUCAUGCUGUUUUUCCUCUUCAGGGUCACCAAGUCUCUGCCCGAGGAACGCCUGGUCAAGGUAAUUUCUGUUAUCACCGUUGCCGCAUACUUGGCAACUCUUGCAGUCAUCACCGGUCACUGCCGCCCGAUCCACAGGCUUUGGCAGGUAUAUCCCUACGCCGGAGAUGAUUGUACCCAGAAUACGUCCAAGUACUACGCGCUGGUCACAACCAAUGUUUUGUAA